AUGCCAAUAGCAACGGUAACUUUUGACGAAAAAGCACCACCGUUAUCAAAUUCACAGCCGAAUAAUAAUGGGGAAGAAGAAAUACGACUACCAGAAACGAAUAAUGUUAAUGAUGACGAGAAAGUACCGUUAUCAAAUUCACAACCGAAUAAUAAUGGAGAAGAAGAAAUACGACUACCAGAAACGAAUUAUGAUAAUGAUAACGAGAGAAUACAAUUAUCGCAUCCAAAGUCGAAUGAUAGCAGUGAAGACAGUGAAAUUUCCAAGGAUAAUUGCAUUGUGAGUCAAAUAACAACGUUAACGACACCCACAACAAUACCGCACGAAAAUAAUUCAGUAGUCAUUGAAAUUGAUAAUAAUACUACUCAGGCUGGAAAUUUAGACUCACCGCCGCCGUUACCUACAACUACUACAACACAAAUAACUCAAGAAAGAAUAAUACAAAUGAUAAAUGAGGCUCGUGAGGCAUAUACGCGCCUUUGGUUUAAUUCUCUAUGUCGGUGGCCGCUUUUGACUGCUUAUGCUAUUCUAGGAUUAAUAGGGGCUGUUGAAUUUAUUCAUCACUCGUCCACAGUUGCCUGUCUAUUUUCAGCUUUUUCACGAAGAAACGUUUCGGAGAUUGAAUUGCCUUCUUUAUCGUUGUUGCAGAUAUCUUCAAGUCGUUUGACAGUUCAGAAUCGUUUUCCGUUGUUGUAA